UGUAGCGCACAACACACGCGCACACAUUUCAGCAUGGACGAAAGCGCGCAGCGGAUAGUGGAGCAUCUGACUGAGGUAGAAGUUGCUGCUGAAGAUAUACUCACCGACAAACAACAGAUUGUGGAUCUGGAUGUGCGGAGAAACAGAAACCGAGAAGCUCUCAGCGCUUUAAGAAACAGUUCACCAAACGAUAACGUAAAGGUGUGUUUUGGAAACAUGUUCAUCAAAUUCCCUCAAGAACGCACCAGGUCAAUGAUCCUGAAAGACCAAGAGCAGCUUGAUAAGGAAAUAACAGACCUCCGCAAACGACUGAAAGCUAAAGUUAAUCGACUCAAUGAGUUGCAAGGUAAACCCGAACUAAGAGGAUACAACCUUGCUCCUCUGAGCGGUGAUGAAAUAAAGGCGAUUAACAGCCUUCUUAAGAAAUGAUAUUCAUGAAACGAGUUCCGUGAAUUACUGUGAGCCUGGAUAUGGAUUGAACUGAUUGAGUGAGCAGUGCUCCACUAAACCAGCGGUGACUGUACUCACUCCGCUGAAGAUCUUUACAUGGAUGGUGUUUAUUAAGUCUUGUCCAUGUUCUGUGGGAUGUGAGAUCAUUUACGCUUGUGCUUCUUCCCGCUUCACCUGCUUUGAACAUGUUAAAAUAAGUUGCUUUUUUUUUUUAGUUUACAUUGAAGAUGCUUUGUUGAUUAUGAUUGAAUGCAUUUGUGUUUGAAUUAUACUGGUCCAAAUAAAGUGAACUGUUGAAGAGAGAAGCCAAAAUAAUGCACAGAUCUCUUGCUGGAUAUUAUGUUUGUUGUCACUUUCAUGGAUUCUGUUAAUAAAUGGCAUCCUUUUAAUAUAUUUAAAAAUAUUUCUUUUGAUAUAUUGUGUAUAGAUGUAGAUCAGAAAUGUUCUGGUAGGUGGUGGUCAUUCAACAAAUAAAUACUGCAUCUCUAUGGCUCUGGAUAUAUGUGAUUAAACACGAGUUCUAGAUCUGCGUUUUCUGCAGGUCUUUGUUUAACCAGCAGGUGGCAGCUUUGGUUGUUUGUUUUUUUGCAGUAAACACAGUUGAAGGCAAUAUUAGCCUGCUCCUUUAGUUUUGUAAAGGAAUACUAGCAAUAAAGCCUGCACAAUAUACCGUUUGAGCAUCGAUAUCGCAGUGUGUGUAUCUGCAAUAGUCACAGUGCAGGAUUAGAUUGUUUAUUAAAGAUUAAAACAUAGAGAUAUUGUUAAACAUUAUUUAAAAGAUAUCUGCAUUUAUACAGUGAUCACCAUGUUAUUUUACAUUUGAUUGUUUAGUUUCUGUACCUGAAUACUGUUAAGACUCCAGAAAACAAUAAAGUGCUGUUAAUUUCA